AUGGCCAUAUUCAGCGCGGCUGGGAUCACCUCGCCUGCGCUUGCUCCGGACUACAUCCUCAGAGGGCUCCCGCCCAAUUCGGCGUGUCCUGAAUCGCGGCGGCUGGGACCUCGUGACCUGAGCCAUUUCUUUCCUGCUGAGGUAUAUGGACAUGGUCAAGAGCUUUUGCCCAGUUUGGCGUGUGUUCUGCUCGGCGCGGCUGGGAUCAAUCGACAUAAAUAG